UUUAUUUCUGUGUUAAAUGUAUUAUAGAAGAAGUAUAUUUUAUCCUGCAAAGUUUAAGAAAACACAGUGGAGUAUUCACAUGUAUGAUUAAUGCCACACACGUGUGAUAGCUAUAUAAGGUAUUUUAUAAUCAGUAUACUUUAUCACAGCUAAACACAUUGAUAAAAACACAUGUUUGUCCUUCAGCGAAAGAGGCAAAUGUCGGGGUUGGAAUUACUGGACAUCCCUUUAAGUUUUUGCAAAUGUUCUUUUUAACACGUUUCAAGGCGACAGGUAUCACUUAUGAUGACAUUUCCUGCCUUGAUGGCGCUGCGCAGUUUUCCAGUACCAAUCAACGAUAAUGAGAAAGCGUGUCUGCGCAUUUUACAACGGAUAAUGCUUAUACUUACAUUAAGGACGAUUAAAUCGUAUUCCUUUCGCAAGUAAAUAAGUCCCGUAUCGGAGUUUUGUCAGCAUAGAAGAAUGCAUUGCUUUUUAGCUUUAUGUUCUAACUCGGAGAGCUGAUGCUGUCAUCGCCUCUGCCUGUAUAAUUACUCUGUUUAUUUUGAUUUUUAAACACACGAAUACAGCAAUUAAAAAAAAAAGGAAAACAAAGAUGCCCACCCCUGGUACAAUUCUAAAAAGUUUUCCAUUGCUGUGUAACCUUGGAAAAUGCUGCGUUUUAUGAUUUAAAAUCAAUCCCUCGAAACUAAUAACGGAUGAUACAGCUAUAAUUGAGACAGGCGAGAGAAUUGUAAUUGUGCGUCUUAAUGCUGCAGGGCGUUGUUAAUGCGACAAUUUGGAAGCAAUAAUCGAUUGGUUUAUAAGAGAAUCAAUCGACAAUGCAUUACAUUGCAUGUGACAUCCACAAUUUAUAGUAAUGUUUAUUUCACUUUAUGGGAUCAAUGCAUUGACUUAUUUGAAAAUAACUUGGGCUCUGUGGUAAUGUGUGUGAUGCUGUGUAUUAUACGGUGUGACGUAGGUUACAAGUACAUAAGAAAUGCCAGGGCCAACCCGUAUUGAUUUUUAACAACAUCCCACAAUUUUCACAUCAUUCCGACCAACUCAUGACUCAUCAGUGUGUCACAAUGUAAAUUGGUUACCAUGGCCACCACCGUUUUUUUUUUUUUUUUCUGCCCAUAACAUCAAGCAAAAAAAGUACUCUUGCAAAUCUUUCUUUUCGGAGAGGAAUUUUUGAAGAACCUGAAAAGCCAUGUUUGACCCCAAAAUGUUGGAAAUCCCAGCCGUUAUCUUUGACAACGGUUCAGGGCUUUGUAAAUGUGGGGUAGGGGGUGACAGUGUUCCUAGAGCGGUCAUCACAUCUAUAGUCGGUCACUCCAAAGCCAAAGUGACCAAACUUGGGGCCGGCCACAAGGAGGACUGCUACAUCGGGGACAAAGCCCAGGCCAAACGAGGUCUUCUGACCCUGAAGUGUCCAGUGGAGCAGGGCUUUGUCACUUGCUGGGACGAUAUGGAGAAAAUCUGGAGGCAUGCUUAUGAAUGCGAGCUAAAGAUGAAACCAAGUGAGAGACCCGUGCUUCUAAGCGAAGCACCCUUGAACCCUCAGAGCAACAGAGAGAUGAUGACCGAGAUUAUGUUCGAGAGCUUCAAGGUCCCUGCUAUGUAUGUGUCAGUGCAGGCUGUGCUGGCCCUGUAUGCUUCGGGGCGCACCACAGGGCUGGUAAUAGACAGUGGGGACGGUGUAACCCAUACCGUUCCCAUAUAUGAGGGAUACUACUUACCACAUGCUGUGUCCAGGCUGGGCCUCGCGGGGAGGGACAUAACAGAGUAUUUAAUGAGGCUCCUCCUGGAGAGUGGCCAUUCUGUUGGGAGCAGCGAGAAGCAAGAAAUCGUGAAGGACAUCAAGGAGAAACUGUGCUACGUCGCCGCCGAUCUCACGACAGAGCUUAAAAAAAACCCCAAGGAGAACCAAAGAGAGUACAGGCUGCCCGACGGGAACGCGAUCACGAUCACCGACCAGCUUUUCAAAGCCCCUGAAGCGCUUUUCCUUCCUGCCUUGGUCCGAGUGGAAGCUCCCGGGCUGCACAAGAUGACUUUCAACAGCGUUCUGAAAUGUGACAGCGACGUGCGCAACAACCUCUUCUCCAACGUGCUGCUGUGUGGCGGAUCCACGCUGUUUCCAGGGCUGGAGGAGCGGAUGCUGAAGGAGAUUAGGGAGCAGAUCCCGUCUGAGCUAUCCACGAAGGUAAUUGCACCUCUGGAGAGAAAAUAUAUAGCGUGGACUGGGGCCUCGUUUAUUUCCUGCCUCACCGCCUUCAAACAGAUGUGGAUAACGGCCAUGGAUUACAAGGAGUUUGGACCCACCGUGGUCCAUCGAAAAUGCUAUUGAAAAGGGACUGAUAGAAUUUGGGUUAGGAAACAGGUGUUUCAGAGCUACAACUACUAAAAAGAGUCUCUCAAACUGACAUCAACUGUGUGUGAUUCUGUGCCUAUAAAUGGGAAACUACAA